AUGCCAAAGGACUGGACCCAUGGUGACAUCAAACUCGUUAUCAUAACUCACUGGGAACCAACCGGUGACCAUCUCUCGGCGAAGCGACAGCGCGAACCCCAUACACAAGUCCACAUCGCUGCUCUCAUAUGCGGACGAGGAGAGAAUGGACUCAUAUCCAACAAACUUGCACAGAAGCUACUUGGAACCAACGGGAAAAAGACGACCGAGUUUCCUCCAGUCGUCUCGAUCUCCUGGACGUUCGAUGGACCUAACCAGAACCUCGAGACCAGCCAAGUUCACAUCGUUCCCGGGCUAGAGCAGGACCUCAUCCUUGGAGACAACACUGACGAACUAUAUGAGAGUGUUCAUCUCAGUCCUCCAGAAGCACCAAUACCCUAUCAGUUCAAUACUAGAGAAGAUUUCGAAAAACACGGCAUUCUGCCUGUCAAUAAGACGUCUGAAGACAAGAUCAGACAACUGGUCAACCUUCAUCGCCCAAAAGCUCAAUCGCGCAUCAGCGGCUCCGAAGAUCCAAGUUCAGAGCUAGUGGAAAUUGAGAAACUAUCACUUGGUAGUCCUGUUUGUUCCUAUAGCGAUAGUAUGGGUAGCUCAGGUGGUGCCUAUUACAACGCCGCUGCACAUCUGCAACGCACUCACUUCGAGCCUGGCAGCUGGGACUGGGAAACUGUGUCUAUUGCUUCGCACGCGAACUCGACUGUCUCCAACUGGUCCCUUAUAGAUGAUAAAUCUGAAGAAAUGGGGAACCAGGAAGUGACACAACGGUACCAACAGAACGACUUUCAGGCGCAUCCGGGCCAUCGCUUCUGGGUCUGGGACCGCCAAAGACAACUCUGGCGUCGGAGAGGGCGUAGCGGGCUGGAUGAAAGGGAUUGGUUUAUCGAGCCGUCUCCCCCACAACAGUCAAUUGAGAGUAAGCAAUGCAUCUCUUGA